UCCUGGUUUGACGGUGAAAAGGGACAAAAAGUCAGCAGGAAUGCAUCAGAGCCUGAAUAUGAAAGUCUGCUACACUCUGAUCUGCUUCAUCUUCCUCACUCUGCAGGAUGGAAACACUGGUCUUGUUAAUGGAAGAAUCCAUACAGGAAAAGAAGGAGGAAACAUCACAGUUGGAUGUUCAUUUACAUUUUCUGGAAGCAGGAGGUUGUUCUGUAGGAAUAAAUGUGAAGAAGGAAACAUUCUCAUUGACACAACUGAGGACAAAGCUCAGAGAGACAGAUACAGCAUUGAAUAUAUAAACACAGGUGUCCUAUCUAACACUCUGUAUGUGAGCAUCACACAGCUGAAGAAGUCUGACUCAGGAUGGUACAGGUGUUCUUUGAGAGAGAGAACUUGGUUCAAAGAUUCAUCUGAGGAUUUUGAGAUCACUGUCACAGAAGCUUCAACCACUUCACAACCAACAUUAACUCCUGGAACUGUUUCAACAUCAGCAUUUCUCUCAUCAGCCUCCACUUCACCAACAUCAACAUCAACAUCAACAUCAAUAUCAUCAUCAACACUCAGUUCAAGUUCAGGAAGCUCUACAUCUUCAUCAUUCUCCUCCUCUGGAGCCACAGGGCAGCAUGAGGCAUCACCUACAGGUUCAGAUCUGAUCCUUUACGUGGCUCUGACUCUAGUCUUCAUGAUCAUCAUAUUAUCUGUGGCUUUGAUGAUUUUCUGUAAGUGGAGGAGGACCACGAAACCAAAAGCAUGUUUUUCAGGGUCUCCCAUAGAAUCAGUGUACACUGACGUCACAAGGACCGACCGGCUGUAUGAGGAGAUCAGAGAGGACAAACGGAGCAGUUCACCUCCUGAGGGAAUAUCUACAGUCUACACCUGCGCUAAAUACGUCAAACCAAACGGAGCUGAAAGCUCAGAUGACUACAGCCUCAACCAGAGUCCUCAGGAGAGAGAUGAAGACGACUCCAGUAAACUCAAUUACUCUGAAGUGGAUUUUUCCAACGUUGCUGUCAAGUCACACAACAGUGCCCUGGUUGAUAAUGUCAUUUACUCUGCACCUCAGACAGAGACCAACUCUACCAACCACGCCAUGGGUGCUUCACCUCCUCUGUACUCCACUCUACAGUAGUAAUGCUGUUAUCUCAGUGGUCAACAGGUCAACUCAUUUCACACAAAAGUCACUUUCUAUCUGUGGUGAGGACUCCUGAACAGUUAGCUUCAGGUUCAAGCUGUUUUAUUGAGGCUUUUAGUUUAGAUUAAGGAUCAUUCUGCUUAAUUCUAACUUUCCCGUUAAUUGAACUACAACUGGCUCCUGAUAAUUGUUUACACAUAACAGGGACAUAACAGAGUAUAUUGGUACAAACCAGGGGGUCAGUCUAACCAGACUAAAGCCAGCAUGUCAUUGGUUAAAUACUCAGAUCAGUAGAGACGCAGUCGAUACAUUAAUGGUAAAUAUGCCAGAUUGAAAUAUACUGUAAUAUUUUAGUUACCUACUGUUAUAGUUGGUCAUUUUAGUUAAGCUAAAUGUUUUUAUUCAAAGGUAUUGUAAAGUGCUUUGGGCAAAUAUUGAAAGAUUUCUUUGUGUUAUCGUGUCUGUUAUUCUGGAUGAUCCAAGGACGUCACUGGAACAGUUUUCACUGAGAAAUGUUUUCUAAGAAAAUAAUUUAAGCUGCUGUUUGAUAUGAAGCUCAGUUCAGCUCAGUUCUUUCUCUGUUCGCUGUGAGUGAUUAUUCUAUUAAAUCACGGCUGGUAUAACAUUUUAACAGCCUUUUUUCCCACCAUGUUUACUGUUGCUGUUCAGAAACUUUGUUGUCAUUCUCCUCAUGAAACAUGAAGCCAGCUUACAGUGAUGUGAUCUCACUUCCAGGGCACCAUAAAGCUUCUGAUUGGUCUCCCCCUGCACUAAAAGACAGGAAGAGGUCACACUCUGGUUAAAAAUAAGUAUUUAUGUGUUGUAUAUGUAUUGCUUUAAUAAAUUAAUCAGGAGGAA